CCAGUUUCCACCACAACCCACUUUACGCGCAUCAAGUUUUUUUUGUCGCGCACCAUGGCCCGGACUGCUGCAUCUCGCGCUGCAAGUGCAAAGCCUGUGGAGAAGAAGAGCGCAAAAGAAGUCAAAGCCAAUGGCACAGCCCCACGGAAAGGCGCAAAGAAGGCCGAAGACGCGCCUGCUGCCAAUGGUGUAGCCGAGGAGACUGAGCCUGCUGAUGAAAAAACCGAAGAAGUCGAAGCUCCGGCAAAAAAGCCUGCUGCACGUAGUCGCGCAAAGAAGACCGAGGCUCCUGCGGCCGAGACCAAGGCCGCGCCCAAGAAGACAACAAAGCGCAAGAAGGAUGAUGAAAGCGAGCUUGAAGCAGGCGAAGCUCCUGCGCCUGCUGUGAAGAAGGCCAAGGUGAACGGUACAAAGGCUGCGCCCAAGACCGCGCCAAAGGCCGCCCCUAAGCCUGCUCCCGAAGCCGCUCCCGAGGCUGCACCUGAACCUGCGCCCGAAGCCGCGCCCGAAGCCGCGCCAGAACCUUCGCCUGAAUCCUCCUCCAAGGUCGAGUCCAAGGCCCCAACACCGGCGCCUGAGCCCAAGACCAAGGUUGAUCCCGCUCUGGUCCCGAACCCCAAGGGCCCAAGACGCGCAAAGGGAAAGAAGACCGAGAUCAAUCCAAUCCGCUACACUGAGCCUCUCAAGGUUUUCGUGUUUGGCGAGGGUGGUUCUGGUGAGCUUGGAUUCGGUGCAACAAAGAAGGCUAUUGAUGUAAAGCGACCACGCUACAAUGAGGCCCUUACCAACAUGAACGUCGUCAGGAUCGCUACCGGCGGCAUGCACGUCGUGGCGCUGACAAAGGACAACAAGAUCUUAACAUGGGGUGUCAACGACAACGGCGCACUCGGACGUGACACGUCCGGCAGCACUAUCAAGAUGCGCGAUGUUGAUGCGGACGACGACUCGGACUCUGAAGACGAGACUGGCGGUCUGAACGACGAGGAGGCCACACCCAAGCCCGUUCCCGCUGAGUACUUCCCCGAAGACACCAUAUUUGUCGAUGUUGCUGCUGGCGACAGCUGCUCUUUUGCGCUGACCACAGAGGGAGCGGUUUACGGAUGGGGCACAUUCCGCAAAAACGAAGGCAUCCUUGGCUUCGAACGCGGCAACCACACUGCGCCACGUCCUGUCUACCUCGAUAGCGUGAAGAAGGUUACACAGAUUGUCUGCGGUACGAACCACGUCUAUGUACUAGACAAGGACCGACACGUGUACGCAUGGGGCAACGGACAACAGAACCAGCUUGGUCGCCGUGUAACCGAGCGCAACCUGCAUCAGGCCCUGCAGCCCAACAGGAUCGGCUUCCACGACGCCUCCAUCAAGAGGCAUAGCCAGCGAAUCGCAUCCAUCGCAUCCGGUGAUUACCACGGUCUCGCCAUUGCAGAGGACGGUCACAUUUGGGCUUGGGGCGCAAACAACUACUGCGAAACUGGCUACACUGGUAAUGCUGGUGCCGAAGAUGCCAGUGUUCUCCAGCCCAAGAUCAUACACAGCCUCGAAGGCAAGAGCGUUGAGUCUCUGGCUGCGGGUGCGCACCACAACCUUGCCAUCACCAAGGAUGGCCAAGUGCUUGUUUGGGGUCGCUGCGACGGUUCACAGACGGGCAUUCCUUCGUCGCAGCUCGAGGCCGAGACAGACGAGGAGAAGGUGUUGAAGAACAACGGAAAGCCGAAGAUUGUCGUCGAACCCGUCGCCCUUCCAAAUCUCAAGAACGUUGUCACUGGCGCGUGUGGACCUGACCACAGCAUUGUCAUUGACAAGGACGGCAAGGCCUACUCUUGGGGAUUUUCAGCCAACUACCAAACCGGCCAGGGCACGGAUGAUGACAUCGAGGUGCCAACCAUGAUUGACAACACAGCCGUUCGGGAGACGAAGCUUACCUGGGCCGGUUGCGGUGGUCAGUACAGCGUCCUCGCGAGCAAAAAGGAGUAAGCGGCAUGGGCCGUGACAAGGAAGCCGCCCUUGGGGCUUUUGUUUUAUUUGCUCGUUUUCACACAUGUUCGUGUUUUCCCACCGGAUUCAAGGUGUUUCAGACUGGCAUUCACGGCGUUAGCGUAUCUUAUGGGCAGGCUUUUGCAUAGCGGGGUACUCUCUUAGGCCAGAAUUUAC